AUACGGUGAAGGACGCUGAUACACAGGGCCGAACCGGUGCGCACGGCAGGGACAAGCGGGCCGGGAUCGGCCGAGGCCGAGACCGGAACGACGGCGGCAACCGAGGAGAAAGAGGACGAAGAGGCGGACGGGGGCCGGCGGGUGGUGAAGCGACCGACUCGACGGACGGUAGCGCGGCGGGCGGGCCUGCGGUGAGCGCCGCCGGUAUCGGCGACGCCGGCGCCGGAACCACCAGCUGCACGGGCCCGGUGGCGAUGGCAACGGUUGUGUCGGGCGACGGGAAGCAAGCAACCGGUGGCCUAACCAGCACCACCCACCUAACCGGCAAUGGACGGCCACGAAACAGUAGUGCGCGCGGUGUAUUGCAGGCGUCGCUCGCCAAACAGGAGGAAGACGACGAGGAAGCGGACACGGACGAGAUGGAGCAGGACGACCCAGUUAAGGGACGGAUCGGGCCGGACCAGCCGCCCCAGCCACCACACACGCACCCGAUCGGGCUCGGCAUGAUGGGUGGCGGUACGGUUGGCAGAGCAGUACCGAGCGGCCAUCAGCGGGCAACCGGUAGACAUCGGGGCACGUCCGCCCAACAGCAUCCACAGUCACUGCCGCAUAUACGCGAGGAACGGAAGCGCAACGGUAGCUCGGAUGCGAGCGUCCGGAAAGAGGGCGGAGGUGCGGUGGACGACGAAGCCGACACCAGCGGCUCCAUGAUGGAGGAGGACGAGGACGAGGAGGAGGAGCCAGAUAUUGAGCUCGGUAAGGUGCCGCUCGACGAUCGAUUGGCACCGCCGGAUGACGAGGAGGAGGAGGACGACCGCGAGACAAACGAAGAUGGCUACAGUGCGGAUGAGGACGAUUCGGCGCGGCGGGUCCUCGCCGUUCCACUCAUACCGACGGUAACCGGUACGGGCAAGUACCAGCAGGCUGGCAGCGCCAGUACGGCCGGCAAGCAGCAACUCCCACCGCCCCAUCCCAAAUAUCAUCGUAACCGGCGCCAUACGCUAGCGAACGUGCGCUUCAUGGACAAUGCGGAAGGGUCCGGCAGUGGACCGCCGAGCGGUGUAAUGAGCGUCGUCGGAGGAUACACAAGCCGUCGCUCGCCGCUACUGCUACCGUCCGGUGAUGGUGGCGGUGGACCGGGAACGCUGCUGUCCGCCGCCCUGCCGCAGCGUCGCGAAUCGUUCCUGUACCGGUCCGAUUCGGACUUUGAGAUAUCGCCGAAGGUGUCGUCCGUUUCGCUGCUGGCAGCACGAUGCAACGCCAACAGUGGUACCGGCACCUCCAACUCGAACGUGACGAGCGGCACCGGCAGUGGUGGCACGCUCACCUCCAAUACCGGCGGCCGGGAUGGAGCGUUCCACUGGAAGGAAAGCACCACGCUGGAGGAACCGACCGUACUGUCGUCGAUUGCGUCGUCACCGUCCAGCAGUGCGACGACCGUCGUUGGUGCCGCCUCAACCGUGGUCACAUCGUCUACGUCCGAGCGAACGACGGUUAUGAGCGGUUCGAGCGGUGGUGGCUCGGGAGGACAUCAUGAUGAUCUGAUCGUGACACCGUUUGCGCAGAUUUUAGCUAGUUUGCGCACGGUGCGCGCCAAUCUGUACGCCCUGUCGUCAGCGAUACCGGCAUCGGUAGCGGAGAGUGAGCUGGCUACACGGAGAUCUUCUGCCGGUGCGGAAAGUGCUGAAACCGAUCCGGGAAGUGGUCAAGGUGAUGACAGUCAACCGGACAAGGAGGGUGACCUGCGACAACUUACCACGGAAACGAUUGAUGAGCUUGAAUGGUGCCUGGAGCAGCUGGAAACAGUUCAAACACAUCGCAGCGUGUCAGACAUGGCAUCAUUAAAGUUUAAGCGGCUACUGAACAAGGAAUUGUCCCAUUUGAGUGAAUCUAGCAAAUCUGGCAAUCAGAUCAGCGAAUACAUCUGCACAACGUUCUUGGAUAAACAGCAAGAACCGGACGUACCAUCCGCUCCGGUAGUAGGUAGUGCCUUGAUCGGUCGACAGACGGGUGCCGCCGGCCGGAUGUCGGAGAUCAGUGGAUUCAAGCGCCCGUUGCAGCACACGAACUCGUUCUCCGGUGCGGCCGGUGCCGGUGCCGGUAACAGUCUGGCCGAACGGCUACCACCGUACGGUGUGCCGACGGCAACGGCUGCCGACGAGGCCGAACUUGGCGCUCUGCUAGGUCAGGUCGACCAGUGGGGUGUGGACAUCUUCCGCAUCGGAACGCUCAGCGGUAGUCGACCACUGACAGCGGUUGCGUACACCGUGUUCCAGGAUCGUAACAUCCCACGGACGCUUACCAUACCACCGACGGUACUGCUGGCAUUCGUUAGCACGGUCGAGGAUCAUUACGUCGCGGACAAUCCGUUCCACAAUUCGCUGCAUGCGGCCGACGUGACCCAGAGUACGCACGCACUACUGCACAGUCCGGCACUGGACGGUGUUUUUACACCGCUCGAGGUGUGUGCGGCACUGGUCGCCGCCUGCAUCCAUGACGUCGACCAUCCGGGUCUGACGAAUCAAUUUCUUAUUAACUCUAGCUCUGAGUUGGCGCUUAUGUAUAACGACGAAUCAGUAUUGGAGAAUCAUCAUUUGGCGGUGGCCUUCAAACUUAUGCAAAACGAUGACUGUAACAUACUGCGCAAUCUGCCCAAAAAGCAACGCGCUACCUUCCGGAAGAUGGUGAUAGACAUGGUACUGUCGACCGACAUGUCCAAACACAUGACCCUGCUGGCCGAUCUGAAAACGAUGGUCGAAACGAAGAAGGUAGCAAUUUCCGGCAACCAGAACCCGUCGGAAUCGCGCAGCAGCGGUAGCGGCGUACUGCUCCGCCUGCUCGACAGCUACACCGACCGAAUUCAGGUGCUGCAGAAUCUGGUCCACUGUGCCGAUCUGAGCAAUCCCACCAAACCGCUGCCGCUCUACCGGCGCUGGGUGCGCCGGCUGAUGGAGGAGUUCUUCCGGCAGGGCGACCGUGAACGGGCCGCCGGUAUGGAUGUGUCACCGAUGUGCGACAGACGCUCGGCUACGGUCGAAAGUUCGCAGGUCGGCUUUAUCGACUACAUCGUGCAUCCGCUGUGGGAAGCGUGGGCGGAACUGGUGCGGCCCGAUGCGCAGGAUAUACUGGACCGGUUGGAGGAGAACCGGGCGUACUAUCAGGCGUUGAUACCACCACCAUCACCGCCCUCGCAGGAGAAAGACGAGGAGGAGGAGGAGGCGGAGGAGGAAGCGAAACGGCAACAUCAGCAGCAGCAGCAGUCCGGAAGCUCUCAGGCGGGUUCAUCCGGUGGGCAGGAAAUGGGGGACGGUGGCAAGCGAAUCGAACCACAACAGCAGGAACCGAUGCCCAUCGAUCCGCAAGCGCUGGCCGCAAGAUUACGAUUUCAGAUGACACUAGCCGAGAAUGACGAGGAAGAGGACGAUUUCGAGCAAGACGGUAACACUAAUCCGGAACAGGAGGAACCACAGUGAGCGGCA